AUGGCUCUUGUCUGGCUGCUCUCCUGCUUGGCUCUCCUGGGUGCCGCCAGUGGUUGUGGUGUUCCCGCCAUCACUCCUUCAAUCAGUGGCUAUGCCCGGAUAGUCAAUGGGGAAGAUGCCGUGCCCGGCUCAUGGCCUUGGCAGGUCUCCCUGCAGGACAACACUGGCUACCAUUUCUGUGGAGGUUCUCUGAUCAAUGAGAAUUGGGUGGUCACUGCUGCCCACUGCGGUAUCAGGACAAGCCACUUGGUGGUGCUGGGUGCAUUUGACAAAAGUGCUCCUGAGGAAGACAUUCAAAUCAUCAAGAUAGCCAAGGUUUUCAAAAACCCCCGGUAUAACAUGUUCACCAUCCAAAAUGACAUCAUGUUGCUCAAGUUGGCCACUCCAGCACGGCUGACGGCUCGCGUAUCUCCUGUGUGUCUCCCAAAAGCCACCGACGCUUUCCCUGGUGGGAUGACCUGCGUCACCAGUGGAUGGGGAUACUUGCUUCAUACUGACAGGGUCUCACCCAACAAAUUGCAACAGGUGGCUCUUCCUCUGCUGACCAAUCAGGAGUGCAAGAAAUUUUGGGGCAACCGCAUCGUUGACGUGAUGGUCUGUGCUGGAGCUGCAGGGGCAUCUUCUUGCAUGGGCGAUUCUGGUGGUCCUCUGGUCUGCCAGAAGAAUGGAGCCUGGAAUCUGGUUGGGAUCGUCUCCUGGGGCAGCAGCACCUGCUCUCCCUCCAGGCCGGGGGUGUAUGCCCGUGUUACGGAACUUCUGCCCUUCAUUGAAUCCACCCUUGCUAAUAACUAA